UAGACGUGAUCACAAAAUCCAUAAACACUACAAUAUAUUUGCAUACUGCAAAAUAUAUUGGCAUUUUACAUAUUUUUCGGUCGGCAUAGAAUCCCACGGGCAAGUCGCAAGAAAAUCACUUUGUUACAGCUAGUUUGACAAGUCGAUCAAAUUUAUCUUCAUCCAUCUUCGAAUGUUAUAAAAAUGCAAAUUUACUGUGUUUUAAUAUCGUAUACAUUUGUAAAUAUUUUGGCAGUUAAUAUAGUGGACUCCAUAAAGACGUCUAUUUUUAGAAAUAAACACAUUGAGCAAGCUGUAGCAGAUAAAUUUCAGACUGUUAUAACAAGUAUUGUUUAUGGAAAUCCAUCAAUGGCGGACUACAUAAGAGAAGUGGACAUUACAAAUAAACACAUUAAGCUUGCAGGAGAUGGGUUGAAAACUGUUAUUACAAAUAUUCUUUGUGGAAAUGCGUCAAUGGAAAAAAUUGCUUUUAUGCUGUUUGUUCCGGAAUAUGCAAACACUGGAAACCUGUGGCAAUGCAUAAAACACCAGACUGAUAUGCAAAGAGAAAUAAUCAACGCCAUAUCUCUUCCUGUGCCUAAUGUUCAAAACCAAACUGUUCCUGAGCCUGAUAUUGAAAACCAAAUACCUCCUUAUACUCAAGAGCAAGUGAUGAGUUAUUCAGAUUUUAAUGAGUUGUCCGAACUUGGAACUGAGAGAAGAUCUGAAACUGGAAAAGCUGUUCGAUCAUUAUUUGACUAUGCAACUAAAAAUGAAGACAUUAUUUGUAUAGGUAUGUUUGCAAAUGAAAAACUAGAAGAGCUGCUGAAUGAUUUCGAUAAUUACGACGAUUCGCGAGAUUCAGAGUUCAGCUACUAUUUAAGGAUGUGUCGCUUAAAAGGAAUGGUCAAAAGUAUAGAAAACCCAAGAUCAUAUAUAAUAAACGCUAAGUUUUGCAAGGAAGAUUAUAGUUGUCGGCUAACUGCUGUAGACAGAAGUGUUAAAUCAUAUACUAGCUAUGGAGUUGAUACUUAGGAUGAAAAGAUCAAUCAAGUUUAUGUUAAAAAAUACACAGUUGCAUUUCAGUUAUGAUAAGUUAGACCGGGAAUAAAAAGAGUAACUUAUUAAAAACUAAACAGUACUAUUGUAAUUAUUUUAAAAUAUUUUUGUAAAACUACACUUUUAUCCAAAUUUAUAAUUAUA